CACUGAUUAGCAGCACUGAUUGGCAGCACUGACUGGCAUUGAUUAGGUGGCACUGACUGGCACUGAUAGGUGACAAUGAAAGGCAGCUCAGAUGGGCACUGAUAUGUGGCAUUGAUGUGGCACUGAUGGGCACUAGCAGGUGGCAUGGAUGAGCACUGAGAGCUGGUGACUGAUGGACAAUGACAGGUGGCGCUGCUGGGGGUACACUGAUCAUCAGGGCACACUGAUCAUCAGUGCCCCUGAUGAUCACUGUGAUUUGGACACAGCUGAUCACAUGACUGAGCCGACAUCUUCGGCUCUUUCUGUGAUCGGUGAUCCACUGUGUCUGAGGGAC